GAAAUGGAUUAUAGUGGCGUUCAUGCUUCUGAUGCGAUCUCAAUAUACUCAGGAGACUAUUGGCCUCUCCCUGCUCAGGUGAACAACUUCAGUAACCAACAGGAAUUCAGCAGAGUUGACAUUGAUGCUGCCUUCAGGGACCGCUCGGAGAACCGGCGCCGCCGGAAGAGGACCACCUUCAACAAGGCGCAGCUGAGCCAGCUGGAAAGGGCCUUCUCCAUCACUCAGUAUCCUAACAUCAAAAUGAAGGAGUCUCUUUCUCAUUUGACCGGCCUACCUGAGUCCAAGAUUCAGGUCUGGUUUCAAAACCGUCGCGCGCGCUACUUCAAGAGCAAGAAGCAAACCAGAAAAUCCUCGCACCCCCGUUCUGAUAGCAUAAAAUCUGAGUUUGAUAAUUCCACACCCUGCAGCCCAUCAGUGCCCCACAUGGAUCCAUCAUUCCCAUCUCUCCUGUCCUCACCUGGCUGCCCAGCUCCAAGUCCUCAGACCUUCAGCCUUCAACCUUCAUCCCCUGAUCUGUUUGCAUUAUAUUUCUUGAACGAUAACGACCACAACUCGACUCCCCAUAGACUCGAUGACUGGGAUUACAAGGAACUAGAAGCUGUACUAGGAUGUGCACAGGACGCCCAUACAGAUGUGAGCCAUUGUACUGCAGCUGCCCACGUUGAGCCAACGGACAUCCCUCAGAGUGAGCUGGAACUCCAGGGUUUCAGCUUUGAAGACGAGUCUCUGGACGACCUGGCUGAUCUGUGCCUGAAAGAGUUGGCAGGCGACUUCAGCCUGUCUGAUCUGGAGAUCUCUGCUGCUAUGUUGGACUAUAUUUUCACUUGAGAUCUCGAUAUGUAAUCCGAUGUUUAUAUUGUAGAAACAAUUAUUUAAAGUAUUAUAACUUUAUAUCAGUGAUGCACCAGAGAAAUAAAAAAGAUAU